ACUCACUGCGCUAAGUAAAUUGUAUUUGGGGUUUUGCUCUUUCCAUUCUAAUCACUUCUCAUCUUAAGCUUUUUCAAUUCCAUUUUAGGGUUUUUGAGAUUGCGGUUUAUCCAAUGGCCACCGAACCAAAACCGGUCUCCGAGGACGUCAAGAUUGAUCUAUUCGAAGACGAUGACGAGUUCGAAGAGUUCGAAAUCAAUGAAGAGUGGGAUGACAAGGAGGAAGGGAAAGAGGUGACUCAACAGUGGGAAGACGAUUGGGAUGACGAUGAUGUUAGCGAUGAUUUCUCUCUUCAGCUGAGGAGGGAGCUGGAGGACAAUGCUGAGAAGAAAUAAACCAUGUAUGUGACUGAGGUAUUUGAGCUUCAGGUGUUUUUUCUCAGAAUCUUUGUUGCCUGCAAAAGAAAUGAAAACUUUGUCUAGUCAGUAUGGAAUGUGAGACCUAAACAUUGGGACAUAAUUUUUCUUCUGCUCUGCUCUUUCCUAAAGAACAGCUUUGUAGAAUCUGUUAGAUGUUUGUACUUGAACUGAAUUCUGUUUCACUAAGUGGCAUCUGGCUUUAAGAUUUCUCUUA